AUGUGUGGAGCUGCCUUCCAGCGAUCAGAUGUUCUCAGACGGCACGUCAACUCCUGUGUUGGUCGUGGGCAUAUCGGCAUCUCUUCUACACCAAAACGAGCCUACGACUGUUGCACGCGCUCCAAGCGGCGUUGCGACAUUGCUGUGCCCGCGUGUGGAAGCUGUGCGCGGCGGCGUCUUGCUUGCAGCUACAGUCAAGCCCGGGGCAACGGCGACGAUACCAACCCCGAGAAUGCAACUCUACAAGACAUUCAAGCAGUCAAGACUUUCGGAGCGACUGAAGCUCUGGCUUUCGAUCCACUGCCUUCCUACAACUGCCUGUGGUCCGACUUGUCUGCGCAGGAUCUCUCUGGCUACAUGAACGAAGAGCUGUUCGACUUCAACGCCUGUGACCUAGGCCUACCGCUCUAUAGAACUGACACUGGGACCGAGAGGCUUUCACUGCAUUUUCUGGAGAGCUUCACCCGAGACAACGGCUUCGUAGCUUCCUUCGACUGCGGCACGGAAGAGAUGAGACUGCUGGCUCGCAAGACGUUUGCGUCGGAUGCUGAAAAGCAGCGUCUCGAUUCUGGCCAUCCACUGGCCCGCCAAAGCAAGAAGAUCGUCGGUCUGAUUCAAGAGGUCACGACGCUCAAGCCUCGCAACAGCCCUGUCUCAUUUUCUUGGAGCCCGGACGUGGAACAAGAGUGCGCGAACUUCUUCUCUCCCUCUCGACUUCACCUGUACUUGGAGCUUUAUUGGUCACUUUGGCAUCCCAACGUCAAUUACAUGCAUAAGUCGUCCUUCGAGGCUGCCUCCGCCAAAUCAGCGCUUGUGGCUGCUAUGGCAAUCAUUGGCGCCUGCGUGUCUCCCGAUGGUUCAGAUAAGGAGCAGGUAAAACCAUGGUUCACUUGCGUUGAGGAGAUGGUUUUUCAAGAUGAUGACUUCUGCUACGAUGCGGAAGAUGACUGCAGUCCAUUGACGUUCCCUUCGGAUGCUCGCAUUCAGUCCAUCCAGGCCGCAUAUAUGGUUUGCUUGUUUCAUAACUGGGAAGGGGCCAAGGUUGUGCGAGAUAUAGGCAUCCCACACGCAAGACACCCUGUUUACGGUGAGCUACCGCCGGCCGGUUUUGUCUGGCACGACUUUGUAGCCCGCGAGCAGCUCAUUAGAACGUUCCUCUGGGUCUUUCUACUCGACACGGCCUUUGUUAUAUUCAACAACCUCCCUCCGAGAAUGGCGAUAAAGGAGAUGAAGAUGGGAUUUUGCAGUAGCGAGGCGGCCUUUCAAGCUACGAGUAGGAACGCUUGCUACAAGGCCAUCACGAGCAGCGGAGCCUUCGCAGCCAAUCUGAUCUCUUCGGUAGUCGAGUCGAUGUGCAAAGGCUCUGUUGGAGCCUACGAACAGACCUCGCUCGCAGAGAUCGGACCACUGAACCUCUUCGUCUUAACUCAAGCGCUCCACUCGAUGAUCUUUCAACACCAGCAAACUUUUGCCGCAGACGCACAUCUGGCGCCAAUCAAUAAUGCUCUGGAUAGUUGGAUUGCAAUAUGGCAGAUAUAUCAACAAGCUUAUUCUACCAGUCAACAGUACUGCCCGCUCGGCGAGGAGAUAAUGACGCCACACAAUAUGUGGAAGAGGAUCGGUUUCGUGAGAUACUGUUCAGAAUAUUGGCUAUUGGCGAAACUGAUUACUGAGCGGAUCUCUGCUGGCACCUGGAUGAUUGGCGUUGAUCAAGCUAACGUCAACGUUCCACAGCCCAGCGACCAGAAUACGGUCUUGCAGAAGUACGACGAGACGAGAAUGCAACAAGUCAACGACCUGAUCUGCCAGUUCCAGCAGGUGAUCAUUUGA